AUGUCUUCUACUACUGGCAACAAAAGAACCUUCUCUAGUGACGAGGAGACAACGGAUGAAAAGUCUCAAUAUGAUUCAUCCACCGAGGAUAUACACCUUCCUCCCCAAUCUCCUUCUACAGCUCUGACGAGAUUUGGCGAUGUACACUUGCCAAUUGGACAAUCAAACAACCAGCAAUCCACUCUUUUUUACCUCUCCUUAAUUGAGGCAAGAUGUAAAGCACAAGCUUUGACCACCUUGAACUCUGGUCGUGGUCCCGAUGAUCAAUUGCCAGAGAAUCAUCCAGAUAUCCAACGUUUAGCUCAAGUGCUCUUUAGCGAUAUGGCGGGUGAGCUUCGCAGGUCAGGCGUACUCCCCAGAGCAGACGAGCUUGCAGGUCGGCAAUUUGCAACUCUACGCGAGGGCUAUCUCUCAACAUUCGAUUCUAUCCUCUCUCAAAGUGCAUUGCAGCGUGUACAGACUUCGACCUUUAGCCAAAACUCCAUCCUUCCAUUAACGUCUAAUUCGUCGAUCGGAAUGUCCUAUUUCGACCAGCCGCAAAAUCUCAAUCUUACAAUGAUCCCCAAGAACCCUUUCUCGUCAGCUGCUUUGACCGCAAAUCCUUUUCAAUAUAGGUCAAUUUACAACAGAGAAUGGGAGCAGAUUAGCUUGCUAGGCAAAGGAGGAUUUGGCGCAGUUUAUAAAGUGAAACACAGAGUUGAUGACCUAGAAUGCGCUAUCAAGAAGGUCAUCAUUACACCAGACCAGCUACGCAAGGUUGACACAGCGGCACUAUUGUCUGAGGUGAAAGCACUGGCUGAACACAAACACCCCAAUAUUGUCAACUACUAUGGCUGCUGGAUUGAGAUGGGAAAUGUAAUUGUUACAUCAACACGGCGUUUGAUGGAUGCUGAGGAUGAAUCAAGCUAUCUCUCAAUGUCUAUGAGUGAGGUGGAACAAUCAGAAGAUGAACUUGGAAUGCAGCAAGGCCCCACUUUCGGCAUGAAUGACUUGCGUUUGGACAUGGAGAAAGAACUUGAGAAAGACAACAGAAGACGGGGUAAAACUAGCAGCGACCAGGUGCUCACAAAUAGUGGUGAUGGUGGUGUCGUUUUUGAUGUUUCAAAUGCAACCGCGACAAGAUCCAGCGGGAAGUCGUCAGAGGAAAGCGAAGAUGAAGAGGAAGAAUAUGAAAGUAACAACAAUGGCAAUACCAUCACUCCACAGGACAAUAGAGCUCGGAUUUUAUACAUCCGAUUUACUGUAUAUCCUCUUACAUUGGAGGAAUAUAUCUCAACAGACACACCACAACCAGGUCACGAGUUUCCUAUCCGUCACUGCUUUCAUACACUUCCCACAAUUCGAAUACUAGGUGCUAUUCUCAAUGGAGUCCAAUAUCUUCACGCAAAACGCCUGAUCCAUAGAGAUCUGAAGCCCGCCAAUAUAUUCCUAUGCGCCAAGAAGGACCUGGAAGCAUUCGUUCCCUCGCACGACCUAAUAGAUGUCAGCAGAAGCGCCUGUCCAACGUGUACUGGGUCUGCUGAUCAAAACAAAGCUUAUAUUACGCCGUGCAUUGGCGAUCUUGGACUUGCAGUCAAACUUGCUGAAACUACGGCUACUCCUGCUGCUGGACUGUCUACAAGAGCUAUAGAGCUUAAUCCCUCAACACAGCUUUCUCGUCUCGGGUCAAAGCAAGCAGGCACAAAGCUUUAUAUGCCUCCAGGAAAGUCCACUGUUGUCUGUCCUAAAUUGGACGUUUAUGCCUUGGGAAUUAUAGCGUUUGAGCUAAUCACCCCCUUUACUACCCGCACCGAACGUCACAUUGUAUUGAAUAAUAUCAAAUGUGGUAAAUAUCCGGCAGGAUUUGAGAAUCAUGAGAUGGCAGAGGGAAUUAAAGGGAUGCUAGCUGAGAGGAGAUCUGAUAGGUGGGAUUGUGAAAUGGUUAGGAGAUGGAUUGAGGGGUUUGAAUAG